GCUAGGCUUACAAAUAUGUAACUACGAGUCGAAGGUCGCCGCUCGGAAAGUACCGCGAGGGAAGAGUUGCCGAGGCGCGGCAGAGUGUCGGUGAAGUUCGCCAUGGCCACUGCAGUUAGCACUGGCCGUGCAUGGCGGUCCGUCUCCGGUUUAGGGGCCGUCACAAGGGCUUGUCACGCGACAGCGCUCAGAACACAGUAUGACGCGCUGGUCAUCGGAGGAGGUCACAAUGGACUGGUCGCGGCAGCGUACCUUCAGAAAGGUGGCGUGAACACGGCUGUGCUGGAGCGUAGACAUGUGCUGGGCGGAGCCGCUGUUUCCGAGGAGAUCAUUCCAGGCUUCCAUUUUUCCCGGGCAUCCUACGUGCUCAGCCUGCUCAGACCCCACAUCUACAGGGACCUGGAGCUGAGAAAACAUGGGCUUAAAGUGUACAUGCGGGACCCUCACGCUUUUACCCCCAUGCUGGAGGAGGGGGUGGGGGGCCGCCCCCCCAGGUCUCUGCUGCUGUGGUCAGACAUGGAUCAGAACCUGCGUGAGAUCGGGAAGUUUUCGGAGAGAGACGCCCAGGCCUAUCCCGCCUUUAACACUCACCUGGAGAAGCUGGCAGGCGCCAUUCACCCCCUGCUGGACGCGCCCCCGGUGGACAUUCUUGGGGUCACCCAGGGGCCCCUGAGGAGACGGCUAGCUGCCCUUAGGACCCUGAGCCCCCUGAUAAAGUCCGGGUUUAAACUGGGAAAGAACAUUCCUGACUUCUAUGAGCUGAUAACUGCACCAAUACUAAAGAUUCUGAACCGCUGGUUUGAGUCGGAGCCCCUAAGAGCCACGCUGGCUACGGACGCUGUGAUUGGAGCCAUGACCAGCCCCUAUAACCCUGGUAGCGGGUACGUUCUCCUGCACCAUGUCAUGGGCGAGCUGGAGAAGAAGAAAGGGGCGUGGGGCUACGUGGAGGGCGGAAUGGGAGGCGUGUCCAAGUCCAUCGCCAAUUCGGCUCGCGCCCACGGAGCUGCCAUCUUCACUGAGCAGGAGGUGGAGCAGGUUUUGAUCGGUCAAGAUGGCCGCGCCGAAGGUGUCGUGCUGAAAGACGGGUCUGAAGUGCACAGUAAAGUCGUUCUGUCUAAUGCCACUCCGUACGUCACCUUCAAAAAGCUCACUCCGCAGGGGUCCCUGCCUCCAGAGUUCAUAAAAGCCAUAUCUCAGAUUGACUACACCUCUCCCGUCACCAAGAUCAACGUUGCUCUGGACCGGCUGCCUAAUUUCCUGGCUGCCCCCAACGCUCGGGACGGGACCCCCGGCCCGCACCACCAGUGCUCCAUUCACCUGAACUGCGAGAGCGUGGACGUGCUGGAGGCGGCCUAUCGGGAGGCGAAGCAGGGCCGCCCGUCUACACGGCCCAUGUUGGAGAUGUGCAUCCCCUCUGUGCUGGAUCCCACUCUGGCGCCCCCUGGCUGCCAUGUUGUGUCUGUCUUCACGCAGUUCACUCCUUAUUGGCUGGAGGGGGAGCGGGCUUGGACAGAGGCGGACAGAGAACAGUUUGCGAACACCGUGUUUGACUGGAUCGAAAGAUAUGCUCCUGGGUUCAAAAGCUCCAUAGUGGGCAAAGAGGUGCUGGCUCCCCCUGACCUGGAGCGGAUUUUUGGCCUGACUGGGGGGAAUAUUUUUCAUGGCGCAAUGUCAUUGGACCAGCUCUAUCUGGCACGACCUUUGCCCUCCCUCUCAGACUACCGCACACCAAUCAGAGGCCUUUAUCUGUGUGGCAGUGGAAGUCACCCAGGCGGGGGUGUGAUGGGGUCUUCAGGAUGGAAUGCUGCUAUGACCGUCCUCACAGACCUGCGCAGGGGCUGAGCGAGAUGAGCAAGGGGGGGUUGGGGGGUGGGGGUGGGGGGGGUGUGUGGUUCUGCAGCCCCACUCACCAGCUGCCCCAGAGCUUCCCUGCUUCACUACACCCUCCUCCCUCCCCCCCAACUGAUUCUGCACUUAUAGAGGCAGCUAAACUCACGGGGCAUGCACAUGCACACAUGCACCUACACACACACAUGCACACGUACACAUGCACCUGCACACACACAUGCACACGUAUACAUGCACCAGCACACACA